GCUUGUGCCAGUUGCUCCAGUGCGCGCCGGGAGUCUAGGUCUCGCGAACGCGCCAGGAGCGACUCGGAGGCGGGAGCGCGCCCAGUAGAUGACAACAAAUUUGUCGCGCAGUGUCGGAGUCUGUCUCGCCUCAGCCGUCAGCCUUCUGGCUCUCGUAUGAACUGUCUCCGGACCGACGGAGCGCUUCAGAAGCUCCCGACUUGGGGCGCCCGGUUCUGUUCAGCCUCCAGUCCUCGCCGGGCCUAGUGCGAGCGUCGCGACGCGGGCCAUGGGGUUGCCCUGAGGGACGGCCGCGCCGAACCGGCAUGCAGCGGCCACCGCGAACCUAGACCCCACCGCGGCUUGGGGACGCCGGCCGGAUCCUGAGGCGCUGCCGCUGCCUAGAGCCCAGGUCGGAUCCCCGAGUCGCCGCCGCGUGCAGCCCCGGCCCCCCAGCCGCCAGCCCUCACCAUGCCUUGGCCAUUUUCAGAAUCUAUCAAGAAGAGGGCCUGUCGGUACCUCCUGCAGAGAUACCUGGGUCAUUUCCUGCAGGAGAAGCUGAGCCUGGAGCAGCUGAGCCUGGACCUGUACCAGGGCACUGGGUCUCUUGCCCAGGUCCCCUUGGACAAAUGGUGUCUCAAUGAAAUCCUGGAGUCAGCAGAUGCACCGCUAGAAGUCACAGAAGGAUUCAUUCAGUCCAUUUCCCUGUCAGUCCCAUGGGGCUCUUUGCUGCAGGACAACUGUGCACUGGAAGUGAGAGGGCUGGAGAUGGUCUUCCGGCCUCGACCUCGGGGAGCAACUGGGUCUGAGCCUAUGUAUUGGUCAAGCUUCAUGACCAGCAGCAUGCAGUUGGCAAAGGAGUGUCUUAGCCAGAAACUGACAGAUGAGCAAGGAGAAGCAUCCCAGCCUUUUGAAGGACUGGAAAAGUUUGCGGAAACCAUCGAGACAGUACUAAGAAGAGUGAAGGUCACUUUUAUAGAUACUGUUUUAAGAAUUGAACAUGUGCCAGAAAAUUCCAAAACUGGAGCUGCACUUGAAAUCCGAGUGGACAGAACCGUGUACUGUGACGAAGCUGCUGAUGAGUCCUCAGGAGUCGACGUGCAGCAGCCCACGGCCUUUGCCCAUAAAUUGCUGCAGCUGUCAGGAGUGGCUCUCUUCUGGGAUGAGUUUUCUGCUUCAGCAAAGUCUUCCCCCGUGUGCCCAACCGCACCAGUGGAAACUGAGCCAAAGCUGUCACCUAGCUGGAACCCCAAAAUUGUUUAUGAGCCACACCCACAACUGACUAGAACUUUACCUGAGAUAGCACCGUCCGAUCCAGUGCAGAUUGGAAGGCUACUGGGCAGGCUGGGGUUGAGUCUCACUUUAAAACAGAACGAAGUGCUUCCAGGAGCCAAGUUGGAUGUCGAUGGGCAGAUAGACUCCUUCCAUCUAUUCCUGUCACCGAGGCAGGUACACCUCCUUCUGGAUAUGUUAGCAGCUAUUGCUGGACCAGAAAAUUCUAGCAAAAUUGGGCUAGCUAAUAAAGACAGGAAAAAUCGACCCAUGCAGCAGGAAGAUGAGUACCGAAUUCAGAUGGAAUUAAACCGUUAUUAUCUGAGGAAAGAUUCCCUCUCUCUGGGCGUGUCUUCAGAGAAGAGCUUCUAUGAGACAGAAACAACUCGUACACCUUCUAGCCGUGAAGAGGAAGUCUUCUUCUCCAUGGCCGACAUGGACAUGUCUCACAGUCUGUCCUCCCUCCCACCCCUUGGGGACCCACCACACAUGGACCUGGAGCUGUCGCUGACUAGUACAUACACCAACACACCUGCCGGAUCUCCGCUAAGCGCUACUGUGCUUCAGCCAACUUGGGGAGAGUUUGCCGACCACAAAGAACAGCCAGUAAGAGGGCCAGCAUUCCAGUCUGACUUGGUCCACCCGGCGUCUUUACAAAAAGCUGCUCUCCCCUCUAGGUCUGUUUCUGUGGAUGAAUCCAGGCCUGAGUUUAUCUGCAGGUUGGCUCUCGGCAUAUUCUCGGUGUCUGUGCUUCACAUCGAUCCUUUGUCUCCAGCGGAAACCUCUCUGACCGUCAAUCCACUGACACGCAUGGCCAUCGACUUCUUCUCUUGUAUAGAAAAGAUGGACCCAGCGAUAUUUUCAAUGGGAGAUUUUAAGGCUUUCCGAGCAGUCUUUGCAGAAGCUUGUUCACACGACCACCUUAGAUUUAUAGGUACUGGCAUCAAAGUGUCCUAUGAGCAGAGACAGAGGUCAGCUUCCCGGCAUUUCAGCACCGACAUGUCCAUUGGGCAAAUGGAGUUUUUGGAGUGUCUGUUUCCAACGGAUUUUCAUUCUGUCCCUCCUCACUACACAGAGCUUCUGACGUUCCAUUCCAAAGAAGGGACUGAUGCCCACCUUCCCAUGUGUCUUCAGCUUCAUUAUAAACACUCUGAGACUAGAGGACCCCAGGGUAAUCAAGCAAGACUUAGUUCAGUUCCUCAAAAGGCAGAAUUACAAAUUAAAUUAAACCCGGUGCGUUGCGAGCUGGAUAUCAGUAUUGUGGACAGGUUAAAUUCCUUGCUUCAGCCACAGAAACUCACUACAGUGGAGAUGAUGGCCUCGCACAUGUAUGCCUCAUACAAUAAGCAUAUUAGUUUGCACAAGGCUUUCACGGAAGUGUUCCUAGAUGACUCGCACAGUCCUGCAAACCGGAGGCUGUCAGUACAAGUUGCCACCCCAGCACUGCACCUCUCUGUUCGCUUCCCUAUUCCCGAUCUUCGAUCAGACCAGGAGAGAGGACCCUGGUUUAAGAAGUCUCUGCAGAAGGAGACCCUUCAUUUAGACUUCACAGAUCUGGAGUGUCAGACGGAGUGUGUGGGAGGAUCCACCCCAGAGCAAACCAAACUGGAGCUGACUUUCCGAGAGCUGUCUGGGUCAUUCCAGGAGGAGAAGGGAGGGCCGUCUGUCAAGUUUUUCCAUGUGUGUGGUGGAGUCGACGGAGAUACAGCGUCCUCAGAUGACUUUGACUGGCCUCGAAUGGUACUGAAAAUAAAUCCACCAGCCAUGCAUUCCAUUUUGGAGAGAAUAGCAGCAGAGGAAGAGGAAGAGAAUGAUGGUCACUACCAGGAGGAGGAGGAAGGAGGAGCUCACUCCCUGAAAGAUGUCUGCGACCUGAGGCGGCCAGCCCCAUCUCCCUUUUCCUCUCGCAGAGUAAUGUUUGAGAAUGAGCAGAUGGUGAUGCCAGGAGACCCUGUGGAGAUGACGGAGUUCCAGGAUAAAGCCAUCAGCAGCUCACACUAUGUGCUGGAACUUCUGCUGCCCAACGUUCACCUGACCCUGCCCAACAAAAGCUUCUAUGAGAAGCUGUACAACAGGAUCUUUAAUGACUUGCUUCUUUGGGAGCCCACAGCUCCUUCACCAGUGGAGACACUUGAAAACGUUUCCUAUGGCAUCGGGCUCUCGGUGGCCAGUCAGCUGAUAAACACCUUCAGCAAAGAUAGCUUCAGUCCCUUCAAGUCCGCGGCUCCCUAUGAUGAAGACAGUGGAUCUGAAGAAGAGACUUUGCAGUAUUUUUCUGCUGUUGAUCCCAACUAUCGUUCCCGUAGGAAAAAAAAGUUGGACUCUCAGAACAAGAACUCUCAGAGCUUCCUCUCGGUGCUUCUGAGUAUCAAUCAUGGACUAAUGGCAGUGUUCACCGAUGUAAAGCAAGAUAACGGAGAUCUGAUGGAGAAUAAACAUGGUGAAUUCUGGCUAGAAUUCCACACGGGCUCCUUCUUCUGCGUGACAAAGUACGAGGGUUUCGAUGACAAGCACUACAUCUGCUUGCACUCCAGCAGCCUCAGGCUGUACCACAAAGGCAUAGUAGAUGGAGCCAUUCUCCCUACAGAGACACGAUUGCCCUGUUCAACGCGCCCACAUUGGUUGGAACCUACAAUUUAUUCCUCUGAAGAAGAUGGCCUCAGCCGAGCUGCCUCAGAUGGUGUUGGGGGAGACAACUUGAAUAUGCUCUCUGUCGCAGUGAAGAUACUGUCGGAUAAAUCAGAGUCCAACACGAAGGAGUUCCUUGUGGCUGUGGGGCUGAAAGGAGCCACUCUACAGCACAGGGUGCUGCCCGCUGGACUCAGUUGGCAUGAGCAGAUUUUAAACUUCUUGAAUAUUGCUGAUGAACCUGUCUUGGGAUAUAACCCUCCAACUUCAUUUACAACCUUCCACGUCCAUCUUUGGAGCUGUGCCCUUGACUACAGGCCCCUUCACCUGCCCAUCCGAUCCCUUCUCACUGUUGAGACGUUCAGCAUCUCUAGCAGCGUCGCCUUGGACAAAUCUUCCUCCACUCUCAGAAUCAUCAUGGACGAGGCUGCUUUACACCUGUCGGACAAGUGUAACACCGUCGCUAUAAACCUGAGCAGAGAUUAUGUUCGUGUGAUGGACAUGGGACUUUUAGAGCUGACCAUAACCGCAGUAAAAUCAGAUUCUGAUGGAGAACAGACUGAGCCCCGCUUUGAGUUGCACUGCUCCAGUGACGUGGUCCACAUCAGAACAUGCUCAGACUCGUGCGCGGCGCUGAUGAAUCUCAUUCAGUAUGUCGCAAGUUACGGGGACUUACAUGCACCUCACAAAGCGGAGAUGAAGCCUGGAGUCCCACAGCGAAAGCCCAAGGUGGAUCCCAGCACUCGGUCACCCUCACGUGGUCCAGUGCUUCCUGAAGCAGAGCAGCAGCUUUUACGGGACCUGAUGAGGGACGCCAUGGAGGAGGCGGAUCUGCAGCAGGCCUCUGCCCCUGUUGGGCCGCAGGCUAAUGGUGUCCUGGAUGAAAAGUCUCACACUCGGGAGCCGUGCUGCUCAGACCUCUUCCUAUUCCCAGACGAGAGUGGGAAUGCGUCCCAGGAGUCCAGCCCUGCCUACCCACCGCUUACUCCACAUUUAAUCGGUGACACGGUGACAGGUGCGACCGCUGAAAACGAUGACUUCUGUAUUCUUUUUGCACCAAAAGCAGCGGUCCAGGAGAAGGAAGAAGAGCCGGUGAUAAAGAUCAUGGUUGACGACGCCAUUGUGAUAAGAGAUGACUAUUUCAGUCUGCCCAUCACGAGGACGGACAGCAGCAAAGCGCCACUGCACUUUCCCGUCCCUGCCAUUCGAUACGUUGUGAAAGAGGUCUCUCUGGUGUGGCAUCUUUAUGGGGGCAAGGACUUUGCAACAGCUCCUCCAACUUCCCCAGCUAAGAGUUACAUUAGUCCCCAUAGUUCACCUUCCCAAACACCUACAAGGCAUGGCCGUCACACGGUGUGUGGGGGCAAAGGAAGGAACCAUGACUUUUUAAUGGAAAUACAAUUAAGCAAGGUGAAGUUCCAGCAUGAAGUCUACCCGCCGUGUAAGCCUGAGUGUGAGUCCAGCCUCUUAGAGCACCCAGUCUCCAGGCAGGCAUUCAUCGUUCAGGACCUGGAAAUCCGGGAUCGGCUGGCCACCUCACAGAUGAACAAGUUCCUGUACCUGUAUUGCAGCAAAGACAUGCCACGUAAAGCCCAUUCCAACAUGUUGACAAUUAAAGCAUUGCACGUGCGUCCGGAGUCUGGCCGGUCACCACAGGAAUGCUGCUUGAGAGUGUCCCUGAUGCCUCUGCGCCUCAACAUCGACCAGGACGCCUUGUUCUUCCUCAAGGAUUUCUUCACAAGUCUUUCUUCAGAAGUGGAGCUCCUACUGACUCCAGAUCCAGAAGUUACAAAGUCCCCUGGAGCUGAUGUCACCUGCAGUUUGCCAAGGCAUUUGAGUACCUCAAAGGAGCCAAAUCUCGUGGUUUCUUUUCCUGGGCCAAAACAACCUUCCCCAAACCAUAGUGCCAAUUCAGCAGAGGGCAGUAAUGGACUGGAGGAGGACCUCUCAGUUGAGGAAACUUCAUUUAGUGACCAGCCUGUGUUUUUUAGAGAAUUCAGAUUCACAGCAGAAGUUCCUAUCCGGCUUGACUAUCACGGCAAACAUGUGUCCAUGGAUCAGGGUACAUUGGCUGGGAUUUUGAUCGGCCUGGCCCAGCUGAACUGUUCGGAGCUAAAGCUGAAGAGGCUCUUCUAUCGGCACGGUUUGCUAGGUAUUGACAAGUUGUUCUCAUAUGCAAUCACCGAAUGGCUCAGCGACAUUAAGAAGAACCAACUACCAGGAAUCCUGGGAGGCGUUGGCCCUAUGCAUUCACUGGUUCAAUUAGUGCAAGGCCUGAAGGACUUGGUGUGGCUGCCCAUUGAGCAGUACCGGAAGGACGGCCGCAUCGUCAGAGGCUUCCAGAGAGGCGCCGCCUCCUUUGGUACCUCAACUGCAAUGGCUGCCCUAGAACUCACAAACAGAAUGGUCCAAACCAUACAGGCAGCAGCAGAGACUGCGUAUGAUAUGGUGUCUCCGAGUACCCUUUCCAUUGAGCCCAAGAAGGCAAAGAGAUUUCCUCAUCACCGCUUAGCCCACCAGCCAGUAGACCUGAGGGAAGGUGUGGCCAAGGCCUACAGUGUCGUAAAAGAGGGAAUCUCAGACACAGCUCAGACCAUCUAUGAAACGGCGGCCCGAGAGCACGAGAGCAGAGGAGUCACUGGUGCUGUGGGGGAAGUCCUGCGCCAGAUCCCACCGGCAGUGGUCAAACCUCUAAUUGUGGCCACUGAAGCAACAUCAAACGUGCUAGGUGGCAUGAGAAACCAAAUCAGACCAGAUGUUCGGCAGGACGAGUCACAGAAAUGGCGCCACGGGGAGGACUGAUCUUCCAGUGUGACCGCACAGUGUGUGUGGGGGCUGAGGGAGGAGCAGGCGUCCGAGUAGGCGCUUCAUAGAAAACUAGUUUAAUUUAUGUGCUCAUCUCAGGAACAAAAGCAGUUCUUAGGAAAAUAAUUUAAUGUCAAAACAACACGCAGCCAAAAACUUGUGAUGUUUUAGGGCCUGGCACUUGCCUACAGGAGUGGCUGGUGGCUGGUGUCACGGCCACUAGAGAUUUGCUGCCAUGUUGAAUGCUUGCUUUCAUUAAAGUGACUGUAACUUUACCUGUUACUGACAAGCGCUCAUUGGGAAUGUGUUCGUGAACAGUGUUGAGUGCUUAAGGAAGGGGAGCGCUCUCCACAGUUGGGGAGUUGGCUUUUCAGCUUAUAAUGGCAGAAGCCACAGGGAGGGCAAAGUAGCCAGGGCUCCAGUGUCAGGUGGAGCAAGCUUCACCUCCCACAGGGCUGCCUGCUCCUGUCACCCGGAGAAGGUGAGGUCACAGACAAAAUGAGCUGUGCUGCACUUUAUCUUCUCUGUGUGAGUGUGUGUGUGUGAGUGUGAGUGCGUGCGUGUGCGUGUGUGUAAUGUGACGCAAAGUGUGCUGUGUUCUUUGUGUCAUUUACAAGGUUAUAUAGAUACGAUGUGAAGUGAAGAUGUCUCAGAGUUUUUGGUAAAGGAAGGUGACCCUAAUGUAAGUUUCUGUAUCCUGAAUGCAAGUGAAUGUGAGCUCUGUGGUGGACUGGGGCCCACGCAUUGCUUAUGUGUCCAUAGUUAAGUCCUUAGUGCAGACCGUCAGUGUCAAGGACGUUGGAAGUGGGCUUUAUUCUUAGGAAGGUAAAUAAGAAUACUCCAGGUAUGUUCUAGUUGACUAAUUCAAAGUACCAUUUUUACUUGGUUAAUAAUGUACAUUUGAUAACCUGUCGGGAAUGAAUAAAGUAUUUUUAUUUAAAGGUAAGAUUGUUGUAUAUGUCUAUGAACAUUUGUUUCUCUGAAAGCAUAUUCAUUGAUGCAGCGCUCUGACUGACCUCAGGACAUGUGGAGCCACCUCAGAGCUGACUGUUGCCACUGUCACUCUGAGGAGGAGGAGUGACAGUAUGAUCUGUGCCUAGAGAGUGGCCCACCAGAGACGACCUAGGGCUGUGCAUUCGUUGCUGCGGAGAGCUGUAUGCUCUCCCUUCUGGUUCUGAAGUGUUGGCUCUUGGGGAUGCUGGACGCCACAGCAGCAUUUGGUUUGUGUGUGAGAAAGGAAAGUCAGUUUUACCCUCUGAGAACCCAGAACAAAGAGGCAGGCCAACCCCAACUCCGGCCACAGCCACAGCCACAGCCACAGCCAUAUCCUCAACCCCAACCUUUAGAACUGGUGUAAAAAAAGUCUCGUAGACAUUUGCAUAGACUUGAUUUCCUUUUGCUGCCAGGAAACUUCCAAAGCUAUCUUGGAGCGGCCGCUGGUGGGCCUCAUGGAACUGCUCUUCUAUCCUUGUCAGGUACAGCCCUGAGCAGACACUGCAGGUACUAGUGGCAUUUGUUGCCAUGGCCACUCGCCUGUAUCUGCCCCUCUAAUGCAGCAGGCACUGUGUGUCACCUGUCACAUUUGAGCAGGCUUUACCCUGCGCCUCUCUCCUCCGUUAUGUUUAAGGUCAGUGUAUAUGGGCAGCGGACAGUCCUUCCAACUGGUUAAACCGAUGAAGCCAUUGUAAAGAGGUCGUCUGCUUCAGCCUUGCCAGAGGUGUUUGUUGGUUUGGUCUCUACGUCUUUGCACAUUGUCAGGCUCUAGUGAGGACCUGUCUGCAUUUGAAUGCUUCUAAGUUACAUGUCUGCUGUGUUGUCUUUACAAGGGUGUCCGCUCAGCUUUUGUGUUGUAGUGACAUGUAGUGGGUUGGCAGCGUCCUUGGGUUGCAGUCAUCUGCGGACACCAAGCAAACCACUUCCCUUGGCCAAGACACCUUAUCUCACUCAGCCCCAGUGUCCCCUCUGUAAGUGAAGAGGUUUCUUAGGGCAAAACUUGUGGGGAUUUCUGGGCAAUUAGGUCAAGGUGGCAUGUACAUGCUAUUUUAAUGGUGUGUGACCUUGUGCCCAGACCUGUGAUGCCAGGCUGGGGGGACACCAUCCCAUGGACACUGGCUGUGCCAUACCAUAGCAGCUGUGUUGUCUCCAGGCCCCUCCUCUCAGAGUGACACCUUCGGGAUCCAGGGUUGGAUCGGGCUGAUGAUUCCGACUGCAGGAGGCUGCACGUGUCCACCCGUUGCUAUUGCGGUCCAUCCAGAGCCCUCCCCGCAGAAGUCAGGGAAGCUGGCUUGUUUUCGGUCACUCUGCUGUUCACCGACCCUGACUGAUGGCGAUUGCCAAAUGUGACUGACUUGGAACCCCUAUUUUUCUCCUGUCUGUUUUCAGACCCUUUUACUCUGAGCAGGCAUGCGUGGACAGACAUCACAGCAGUAGGCUUCCAUUUUAAUGGAACACUCCUCUGUACCAGACUGGCCCACUUCUGCCUGUGUUGAGUACAGUCCCUCAGAUCCCAGGGUUCUAGGGACAGUGGGGAGCACUCCCGCCCUUCAAACGCCAUUGGGAGAUAGAGUUUAAGGUCCCUUGAAAGGACCGAGUGGACACAGGGGGAUACUCCUUUCUGCAGCUGGAUGGGCCACUUGGUAUCAAAGUAAUCAAAUAUGAAUGUUUGUACUUUGGCCGAAAAGAAAGACUAUCUGUAUAGUGUAGAGAAGUGUAUCAGAAAUGAAGAUUUUUUUUUCUUUUAAAUCGGGAAGUUUUGUUUGAGUUCACAGGAAGGUCCAGCCACUAUUCUUAAGAACACUAGUAUGUCACUUGCUAGCCCUUGGUGAGGACAUUCUCAGGGUUGUGCUGGCCACACUCACCUUUGAGAGAGUCCAUGGGCACUGUUGCAAGUCAGCCACCGUGGCUCAGAAAUGGUCUCCAUCUGAGACAGAAAAAGCAUUCCCACAAGCCACCACGAUAGACUUCUUUGUGGGGAAACCAUUGAGUCUUACUUAGCAUUUCACCAGUUUGAACCUCACCAGUUCCCGUAGGCAUGGGGCUCAGAGGCCCUCUCUGACCAGCACUGGGGUGGGGCAGGUCAUUCACCUGAGUCAGCUUCAGAGAGCUGCUGGGCUGCCUCCCGGUGUGAGUAUGUUGUCAGCUGCUCCCUCUCAUGGCCGCCUGGGGCUGGGGCAGCCCCACCCUUCUCCAAGACACUCUCCUGUCUCACACACUGGUUCCAAUUGUCUAGCCUUGUCUGUGUGGCUGCCUGCUCACUUUUUCGUGGGCGUUUUUAGGCUCCCACUUGAGUUUUUCUGUGAGUCCUCCUAGCCUGUCUCUGAUGUUAGGUCAUCUCACCUCACAGUUGUCCUCUGCUGAGUGUCCCGACUUCCCCUAAGUAUGGCAACUCUGGAUGUAAAUAAGAACACGCCUCUGUACAAGUAUUUUUGUGAAAAAUGUAACUCGUUAGUGUAACUAAAGUAUGAUGACGUUAAGAAUACUUGUGAAAAAAUUAAAAUAUUUCCUCUUUGGUUUUGCUUCACA